AUGAACGCGGAUAUCCAGCAAAUGCGACGCAUCAUUGAGCUCGUUGAUGCCAUUUCUCUUCCGUGGCCCUUUGACUUCAAAGAUCUUCCACGUUUCUUUUGCAAGAAACUCUUACUCUUCGGCCGCUCGUACAGCAGCACAGCCAUGACUAAAGCGAUCCUCGUGAUCGGUCAUGGACCCAUCGGCCACUCUUUUAUUGAGAAGAUAACCACGAGUGAAGUUGCUGCUAACUACCAACUUUCAGUCCUUUGUGAAGAACCACGACCUGCCUACAAUCGAGUGAUGCUCACGCAAUAUUUUGAGGACCGAGAUGCUGAGAAGCAUGACAAGAUGAAGUUGUCCUACGUCACUGAGCAGGAGUUGAAGGAACUCAAUGUGAACCUCAUCUAUGGACGAGCAAUGUCCAUUGACAGAGAAGCGAAAAAGGUGUCCUACACCUUUGACUCUGGGAAUGAAUCGAUUGCUUAUGAUGUCCUCAUCUUGGCCACGGGUUCUUUCUGCUUUGUUCCUCCGGUGCCUGGCAUGACCAUCCCGGAAAAGAAGAAUGUGAAUUGGCCGGACGAUCCAGCUUCCAGGCCUGAGGGUGUGUUUGUCUACCGUACCAUUGAGGACCUGGAAUCAUUGCUGGCCAAGUCGAAGUCGGGUGCAACACGUGCAGUGGUGAUUGGUGGAGGGUUACUUGGACUUGAGGCUGCCAAGGCUGUCUAUGACCUGAAAAUGGAAAGCCAUGUAUUGGAGAUGGCACCAUACUUGAUGCCAACACAGCUCAAUGAAGCAGCUGGGCAAGUUCUAGGCAAGAAGAUCAAUGACUUGGGAGUGCGUGUUCAUUGUGGUGUCCAAAUCAAGCGAGUGGUCUUGGAGGAUGAUAAGGUCACUGGCAUCGAGCUUCUGGAAAAGGGAGAAGACACUCCAACUGUCUUGGACACCGACCUGAUCAUCGUUUCUUGCGGUGUUCGCCCUCGCGAUGAGCUUGCUCGUCAGUGUGGCUUGGAGAUGGGCACCCGGGGUGGUGUGAAAGUGAACGAGUCCUUGCAGUCCUCCGAUGAGCACAUCUAUGCCAUCGGCGAGGUUGCAGCAAUCGGUGGACAGAUGUGCUACGGCUUGUGGGCGCCUGGGGUGGAGCAAGCUGAGACCUUGGUGCAGAAUCUGCAGCAGCCAGGUUCCUCCGAAUAUGUGGCCUCUGACUUGAGCACAAAGUUAAAGCUCUUGGGUGUCGAGGUGGCUUCCUUUGGUCGGAGUGCCGACUUUUGGUUCAAGCGGCAGUUUGAUGGAAAGGAUCCAAGCGUGAAGUUCAUUGACUCUAAGGAUGAGAUCAAUGACACCUACCGGCGCCUUUGCUUCUCGGCAGAUGGCUCGAAACUCAUGGGUGGCGUUCUGGUCGGAGAUGCCAAGGAUUAUUCCAAGCUACUUCAGCUCAGCAAGAAAGAGGACCUUGCAGGCAAUGAACCUGCUGGCUUGGCCUUCAAGCGCCCUCCACCAGGUGCUUCCACCGGAGCACCCAUCGACGGCGGCGAUGGCACUGGGCUCGCAGACGAUGACACGAUUUGUACGUGCAUCGGCCUCACAAAGAGCCAAGUCCGCCAAGCCAUCAUCGAGAAAGAAGCCUACACAAUUCCACAGAUCAAAAAAGCUUGCAAAGCUGGCACUGGCUGUGGUGGUUGUGUGACACCAGUUGGAGAGGUGCCAAAGCUUUUGGCCCACACACUGAAGAAACUGGGCAAAGCAACUGCCUCUGGCAUUUGUCCGCAUUUCAACUACUCCAGGCGGGAGCUGUUUGAUAUCAUCAAGAUCAAGGAGCUGAAAUCUUUCACAGAGGUCCUGUCAUCUGUAGGUCAGGGUGCCACAGAUGGAUGUGAGCUCUGCAAACCCAUUGUUGCUUCCAUCUUGUCGGGCCUUUGGAACGAUCAUGCGCUGAAGGCAGGUCGAGAUCAGAUUCAGGACACCAAUGACCGGUUCCUGGCGAACAUCCAAAAGACCGGCACCUAUUCGGUGAUUCCCCGAUGCCCAGGAGGUGACAUCACACCUGACACGCUCAUCGCCUUUGCUCAGACUGCGAAGAAAUAUGGUCUCUGGACCAAGAUCACGGGUGCUCAACGCUUGGGCAUGUAUGGUGCCAAGAUCCAUGAUUUGCCUGACAUCUUUAAGGAGUUGGUGGAUGCUGGCAUGGAGACAGGACAGGCCUACGGCAAGGCGUUGCGGACGGUGAAGAGUUGUGUGGGAACCAGCUGGUGCCGCUAUGGACAGCAGGAUUCUGUGACGAUGGCUGUUACCAUGGAGAACCGCUACAAAGGCUUGCGGGCUCCUCACAAGAUCAAGAUGGCGGCUUCUGGGUGUUUGCGAGAGUGUGCUGAAGCCCAGGGCAAAGAUGUUGGAGUUAUCGCUACCCAGGCCGGCUACAACCUUUAUGUUUGUGGCAACGGCGGUGCUAAACCCGUGCAUGCAAAGCUGUUGGCCACCGACUGCUCUGUGGAACAAGUGUUGAAGUACACAGACCGAUUUUUGAUGUUCUACAUCUCAACAGCCAAGCACCUGCAGCGCACAGCCCCUUGGCUAGCUGAGCUGGAAGGUGGCAUUGAGUACCUCAAGAAGGUGGUGAUUGAGGACUCUUUGGGCAUUGCUGAUGAUUUGGAAAAGAUGAUGGAGAACAAUCGCAGCAACGAGAAGUGCGAGUGGAAGGAAGUCGCUUAUGACGAGGAGCUUCGCAAGAAGUUCAAGCAGUUUGCGAACACGGAUGAGACCCAUGACUCGGAGCAGAUUGAAUAUAUCGAUAUGCGUGGCCAGCGUCAUCCCAACCUUUACAGCCCGCCUGACAUCACCGGUGCAGCACUCUACACCAAGGAGGAUGCGAAAGAGAGCUGGGAGUGGAUUUUCGCCGGCCUUACGAGUGCAUACCCACCAAAUGGUGGGCUGAGUGUCAAGCAUGGUACGCAGGAACUGGCCGUCUUCCACCUCCCCAAACAAGCGGAGGAGGAUCAAUGGCUGGCCGCACAGAAUCUUUGCCCGCACAAGCAAGCACGGUCGAUCUCCAGAGGCUUGGUGGGAGAGCAGCCCAACGGAACCCUGACUUUGGCCGAUCCUAUCUACAAGACAACAUAUGACCUCAGAACUGGCCGAGGUAUUGGUAACCCCAACUUCAAUCUUUCCACCUUCAAGACAAAGGUCGAAGAUGGUAAGGUUUUUGUCCAGGUGCCUCCGAGUGAAGAGAUGGAGGAAGCCUUUGAGAAGCAGAUCCGAGCUUCCUUUAAGGCGGCUGGCCAGGAAUACAAGAAGAAGGUUGGUGGCCGCGUUUCUGCUCAAGACUUGUCAUGGUGA